CUAAAUGUAAUAAAUUUAGAACAUUGUAAACGAAUUGAAAAAAUAAAUUUUAAUAUUUUUCAUAUUUAAUAUUUUAAGAUAAUCACUAUCGGGCGACAUGCUAUUAUAAUUUGGAAUCCAUCAUCAAUCCAUUUUCCAUAGAUACCUAGGCGCUAUAAGUAAGUGUGCAAUUUACGUUUGGCGCAAUUAUAUUGCUAUUUGCUUCUAUGGUUCAUGUUCAAUUUCAUAAUCUGUGUUCAAAACAAUAUUAUUUACUAAUUACUAUUACUUGAUACUUUUAUUAAAUAUCAACCUUUUAGCAAUGGUUAGAUUUAAGAAUAGAUAUAUUACUAUUGAAAUAGCAUCACCUGAAGUACCUGAAAGGCAACCCCUGAAUUUAAAGCCAUCGGCUCUUUACGAAGCUAUUUUAGCGAAAAUACAACAACUCCAUGGAGAUUUUGGUGUAGCUGCAGUACGGACCGGAUUUCUAACAAAAUAUUGUAAUGAGAAUACAAGAAUAGCAAUAAUUAGGUGUAGACAUGGUCCACACCAAUUUGUUACAAGUAGCCUUCCAUUUAUUACUAAACUAGGACAAUUUGAAGUGACAUUACAAACUCACCAUGUAGGAGCAACUCUUAAACAUAGUUUUAUAUUUAUUCAGAGAUAUCAUCGAAAUUUUUUAGAUUCAAUGUGGUCAAAUCUGCACAGCGACGAAGAUAAAAAAGCCCUUGAAAUUGCUGUAACUGAGUUUACAAGAGCUGAUGUAUCUAUGAUUAAAGACAAUCUAAUGUAAAAUCUUU